UUUGGCGUGAGUUUGUAGAUUAAUCAGUAAUGAUAAAUCGAAAACGCAAAUCCAGCUGAAAUUAACAUCAUACAUAUUUUAAAGUUUAUCUCAUUUAUUUAAAAUGUGGAUAAAUUAAUAUACGACUACACGCACUGAACGUAAAACUUUCUACUUGAAAACAUUUUUUGGGGGAGUGAAGAUUAACAUUUCUUGAAGAUUUUUUGAACGGUUUAUUAAUAACUUGUGAAUGCUUCUUUAGAGGAUUAAUUUUUUUGGAUUAAUAUCCUCUGGAUGCUUUUUUAGAUACCUAAGUUUCUGUGACUUUCACAAGCUGAGGUUCGUAUCUCUACCGUCGACGGCGCUGAGAGAAAUCCUUCAAAUCUUACAAACUGACCGAAGAACAGAGCCUGAAAAUCGGCAAUGCUGUUAUAAUUUUUAUGUUUUAUCAAAAAUGAAUGAAAUCGAGGUAUUAAGAAAAGUAUUAGAUCCUUCUAUAAAAAUAAGUAAACUUUGUUUAUCGUAUGUGACACGACUAUUUCCAGAAUAUAAGGACUCUCCUUGUAUAAUAUUAUAUAAACAACGACCUACGGACAACGUUAAUAUUUGUUCUGAAUACAUUAGCGAUGAUUAUACAAACGUUUCAGAAUUUGAUGUUACUGGAUCACCUUUAAAAUAUUCAUUUGAAGAUGUUAAUUUUGAAGAUAGCAUUAUUUUGGUAAAACAAAAUUGGCUCAAAGAGGAAGAAAAAUAUUUACCACUAAGCAGAUCAGAAGCAUGUGGUGCAUUAAAUGCAUGCAUAGAACUUAUCACAGAUGCAUUUCCUCCUAUAUUUGCUCUUUGUAAUGGUAAUGAUAAUAAAAGAGCUAGAUUACUAGGUACAAAUAUUCAGAAAGAAUGGUUUACUACAAUUGAAGUUUGUUCAGAUGGCAUUGAAACUUUUGAAACUAUUAAGGAAUCGUCGUCAACAUUUCUUGAACAGCAUUUAAAACUUUCACAUGUUCAAGAGCAAAAUGUUGUUAUAUCUGUAUUUAAUAGCUUCGAUUUAUUUGGAAGAAAAGAAGAACUGAUAGAUUGGAAAAAAAAUGCAAAAAGUAAAUUUGAGAAUAGUAUAAGUGUAGAAGUCUAUACUUCCAAUUUGUCCCUGAACAGUUUCACAAGAGCAUCAAAAAAUAUUUUGGUUGCUCAAGUAGUAACUGGAUCAAAUGAUAGUCCUCUGAAAGAGCUGUGGACACAACUAUUGUUAUUAAAUCAGUAUUUGAAUAUAGUGGAAGAUUUCAAGAAAAAAACAAAUUCUUCUUAUAAUCCCUUACCUUUGGAAUUUCCCGAAAAUUUCACAAGUCCAUAUGCAGAAGAUCAUGACACAAUAAUGAAUAAUAUAAACCUACUGCUCAAUGGAGAUCACAGUUUCAGAGUUUCUGAAAAUAAUCGUGCGCAAGAAACCAAUUUUGUACCAGAAGAAAAUUUAGAAAAUACUAUAAAAAUUCAAGAUUAUUUACAAAAUCUCCCAUUUAGAUACAAUUUGGAUCUUACUGACAUCUUGUGGGAUCUACUUAUUAAAAAUUCGAAUUGCUUUGAAAUGACAAAAUGUAUACACACUGUUCUUAAAGAAGUUGCCGAGAGUGAGUAUUUUGCACAGGUAAAUUUAACAAAUUCAACAAGAUUUUCUGAAGCAAUUAAUAAUUUAAGUCAACAUAAUAUAAUUUCGCAUUUACUGUCAGGAAGUUUACCAUUAGAGUAUGUUAUUGAUAUGGGUUUUGAAAAAUUAUGCAGAGACUAUAUAUACAUUUUAAUGAACUCAAGAUUCGGUGACUUGCAUGAUAUCCAAGAAAUACUGGGGAAUGUUUCAUGUGAUGAAUUUAUAAUUGAUAAAUAUAGGAAAAAGUUAGUAUGCUUAGCACAAAUUCAUGUAUGUUUGGAAUUUAUGAUAUUAUUUCAAGAUCAUUUAUUAUGUUCUGCUGACGAUCUGAGGUCUUUAUUUUUAUGCGCUUUUAAAGAAUACGUUUGUGCAAAAUCGCCAAUACAAAAUGUUCAUAAUUUAGAUGAAAACACAAUUUAUACUUUAAACACUCUGCUCCCAGUUUCAACCAUUAAUAAUUUGAAUAAGGAGAUUCCAACUACGCGUAGAAUUUCUCUUUCUUCCCAGUGUAAAUUAUCAAAAUUAACAACAAUUAGAUAUUAUAGUCAAAUGCCCAUAUUUCCAACAAGUGAAUGUUCAUUAGGAGAAGAAUAAGCACAUAUUUCAAGAGGUCUAAAAUAAGAAAAACGUUUUGUGAGGUAAUUACAUUUUUAAUUCAUAAUUAAUAAAAUAAAAAUUAUAAUUCUUCAAAUACAUUUCAUGUAUUCGCUGUAUAAAUAUAACUAGAUUUAUGAGUGUUUGUA